AGAAGCAACCCUGCGAUAAUCUGUGCCAGAAUGAAAAUCGCAGAAAUGAAAACAUCUCAAGGUAUCACAAACAUGCAAUCACAGAGGAACAGACGCAGUAUGAGUCUGCAUGAGAAACAGUAUGCCAGUGCAGCUGGUUAUUCAGAGCCCGCGGCUGUGCAUUCAGCCCAUUGUUUGAACCAGAGAUGGGAUGAUUUGGGUGCAGCCUACAGGCAUACGCCCUUUUCUUUCUCUGCAGGCAACAUGAAAAAAGUCUGCACUGUACGUCUCGCAAGACUGUUGCAAAGGGAUUUCUGAUCCUCGCAUCCGAGGAGACACUAUUAACCAUUUGUAUCACUUAAAAUGUGUCCGGAGAAGCGAGAUCCAGCUCAAUCCAAGUAAACGUCGAGUUUCAGCUGUUCAGCUCAGGCGGCGGUCGCUGCUGACGUGGCACGAAACAUGUCUCCCUCAAACUCGGGACAUUCCAGAGCUGCUGAGUGGGCUGGGUCAACUCUGCCCUUCCUCCACAGCUCUACAGCCCAAGUGUAGUCGGCUCUCUGGCAUUUUCUUUCUGAGAUAUAUUUUAAGAAAUGAAUAUAUUUCUGAAUAUCACAAACAUGCUCUUCUUUUUCUUCUUGUUCUUUUUAAGGAAUAAUGUCAUCAUCGUUCUCUUUGCUUCCUUUUCACAGAGUGCAGCUGCUGUUGGAGACAGACAGGAUGUGGAUGACUAACAUUGUAGGCCUUUGUCUGCUGGCCUUGGUGGCCUCUGCAGAGGAUGUGAAGCUGAGCACCCACGCCACCGCGCUGGCUGAUAAAAGCACCAACUUGGCCUUCAGCCUCUACCACACCAUGGCAAAGGAGAAAGACACAGAGAACAUCAUCAUUUCUCCUGUGGUGGUGGCCUCCUCUCUGGGGCUGGUGGCUCUUGGUGGCAAAGCCUCCACUGCCUCCCAGGUGAAAACAGUCCUCAGCGCUGACAAACUCAAGGAUGAGCAUCUGCAUGCAGGCCUGUCAGAGCUCCUCACUGAGGUGAGCAACGCCAAGACACGCAACACCACCUGGAAAAUCAACAACCGCCUCUACGGCCCCAGCUCUGUGUCCUUCGCUGACGAGUUUGUGAAGAACAGCAAGAAGCACUACAACUACGACCACUCCAAAAUCAAUUUCAGGGACAAGAGGAGCGCAGUGAACUCCAUCAACGAGUGGGCAGCCAAGUCCACAGGCGGCAAGCUGCCUGAGGUCACCAAGGACGUGCAAAACCCAGACGGAGCCAUGAUCGUCAACGCCAUGUUCUUCAAGCCUCACUGGGAGGAGAAAUUCCACGAUAAAAUGGUGGACACCCGUGGUUUCCUGGUUACUCGCUCAUUUACUGUCGGAGUUCCCAUGAUGCACCGCACAGGUCUUUAUGAUUUCUACGAGGACACCGAAAAUAAAGUCUUUGUGCUGAACAUGCCUCUGGGCCAGAAACAGGCCUCCAUGAUCCUUAUCAUGCCCUAUCACCUGGAGCCCCUGGAGCGCCUGGAGAAGCUCUUGACAAGGAAGCAAGUGGACACUUGGCUCAGCAAGAUGGAGAACAGAGCCGUAGCCAUCUCCCUGCCUAAGAUCUCAGUGGAAGUCAGCCACAACCUGCAGAAACACCUGGCUGAGCUGGGCUUGACAGAAGCUGUGGACAAAGCCAAGGCUGACCUGUCCAACAUCUCUGGAAAGAAGGAUCUCUACCUUUCCAGCGUCUUCCACGCAUCAGCCCUGGAGCUUGACAUCGAAGGAAACCCAUACGACACAAGCAUCUUCGGUACUGAGAAGCUGAGGAACCCCAAACUCUUCUACGUAGAUCACCCCUUCAUUUUCCUGGUAAAGGACAACAAGACCAACUCCAUCCUGUACAUCGGCAGAGUGGUUAAACCUAAAGGGGACAAAAUGCGUGAUGAGCUAUAAUGUUUAAAGUUAUAAAUUGUGGUGGGUAGCUUUAUUAUUUGUGAAAUUAUGGCAGGAAACUGUGCACGUGUGUAAUUGUGUGUGAUUUUAUGCGCGUGCAUGUUUUGUUUUUGGUAUGAUUGUUACCUCAGUAGCACAUUCCAAUUGACAAUCUGUGGACUGAAUAUCCGAGCUUAGAAACAUUCGACUUUCCCAGGGAACAAAUCUGUUUACAUGGCUUCGUCUUAAGAACAUGCUGGUUUGAAUAAUCUAAAAAAAGUGCCUUUUUUAAGACUUCCACAAACAAACAGCAGUCGGCACAGCAGACAGCAUGCUUAUAUUAAGUACGAGUCCUCUUUCACAUCCUGUUUUUGCCUGCGUGUGUUCGGCUACGACCUGUGUGUGCGUUUUUGUUUUUUUUGCAAUAUCUUUAAUGUUUAAAGAGAAAAAAGAUCGAUGCACAAGCUGUUUUACAGUGCUGUCUCAUUCCCCCUCUCAUUUUGCCUCCAGCCUGCACUGAACUGUUCCCCUGCACGAGCUGAGCUUGCAGGGGGAAGGUGGCAAAUCGUCUGGUGCUUAAUUUAAGUUGCAAACCAUCUUCUGUGUCGUUUUCUUGCUGUAGGUAUUUUCCACAAAGAAUCUGUUGGAAUGGUGUGAUUUAUGUGAUUAAUGUGGACCUUUUUCAAUAAAAAAAAAUGAAGAGAA